CUUCAAAAAUUUACAAAUUAAUCGAUAAAGGGCGGAAAAUAAAAGCAUCUCAUAUCCCGACUGUUCCAGCGCCUUCUAUCGCGGUGGCCAUGGCUUCGAGGCUUAUGCAGGCGGUUCUGUAUGAAGCCUAUGGCGGCGGAUCGGCUGCGCUCAAGCAUGCAGAAGUUCCCAUUCCUAAACCCAAGACAGAUGAGGUUUUGGUUAAAGUGGAAGCAGUUAGUUUGAAUCCAAUUGAUUGGAAAAUUCAGAAAGGAUUGAUACGUCCCUUUCUUCCUCGCAAGUUCCCUCAUAUUCCUGGUACUGAUGUGGCUGGAGAAGUCGUAGAAGUUGGAGCAGGAGUCAAAAGCUUAAAAGCUGGGGACAAAGUUGUUGCAUUUCUUAGCCAUGCUACGGGAGGUGGACUUGCUGAAUAUGCUGUAGGAAAGGAGGCUGUAACGGUUUAUAGGCCUCCUGAAGUGACAGCGGCCGAUAGCGCUGCCCUACCUGUCGCGGCUUUGACAGCUCACCAGGCUCUCACGCAAGCUUCCAGGAUCAAGCUUGAUGGAAGUGGCCCUCAAUCAAACAUUCUUGUCACUGCUGCCUCUGGAGGUGUUGGUCAUUAUGCCGUUCAACUAGCAAAGUUAGGGAACACACAUGUGACAGCUACUUGUGGUGCCCGUAAUAUGGAGUUUGUGAAGAGCUUAGGUGCUGAUGAGGUUAUUGACUACAAAACCCCAGAAGGGGCAGCCUUGAAGAGCCCAUCAGGUAAGAAGUAUGAUGCAGUGGUUCACUGUGCCUCAGGGAUCCCAUGGUCUGUAUUUGAACCAAACUUGAGUCCGAAUGGUAAGGUCAUAGACAUUACUCCAACUCCUGGUACGUUGGCGACUUUUGCCUUCAAGAAACUAACUUUCUCCAAGAAGCAGCUGGUGCCAUUGCUGAUGUCUUUCAAGAGUGAGAAUCUGAGCUAUCUCAUUAACCUGAUCAAGGAAGGCAAGCUGAAGACGGUGAUCGAUUCGCGGUAUCCUCUCAGCAAGGCUGAAGAUGCUUGGGCAAAAAGCAUGGACGGCCAUGCCACUGGGAAAAUCAUUGUGGAGCCGUAGCAAUGUACUUUUGAGCUGGUUUUGGCUUGUGAAGUUGUGGCCUGUUAUAUGCAUCUUGAAUGGUGAUAGUUGUGAAAUAUGUAUUUAGGAAGGAUAAACGUGUAUUUUAGUCCUAAUGAUCGUGUCAUUUUUUUUUGGUUUUAUUUGCCGUAUGUUUUUUCCCUCGAAUAAGUUAGUAUGAACGUGAAAUGUUACAAGAAUGAAGAUAAGAUGUAUGAAUUUUAAAAUAA